CUCUCAUACAACACCAAAUCUCCUUUGGCCUAAACCCCCAUGUUCAAGAUGGAACAUAGUGAAACAACACCGGUCGGUACUCCGAAUUCUUUGAACUCGUUGUCUCCUUCCCUCUCCCCUCCUCUGACUUCGAAUCUUACAUCUCCACCGGUCGUUAUUAGUCCAUGUGCUGCGUGCAAGAUCUUGAGGCGAAGGUGCACUGAUAAAUGCGUGUUGGCACCUUAUUUUCCUCCGACCGAACCGGCUAAGUUCACCAUUGCUCACCGCGUGUUCGGUGCUAGCAACAUAAUCAAGUUCUUGCAGGAACUUCCAGAGUUCCAAAGGGCCGAUGCGGUAAGCAGCAUGGUGUAUGAAGCGAGCGCGAGAAUUCGAGACCCAGUUUACGGCUGUGCGGGUGCGAUUUGCCAGUUGCAGAAGCAAGUUAACGAGCUUCAAGCACAAUUAGCCAAAGCUCAGGCCGAAGUGGUCAACUUGCAGUUUCAGCAAGCGAACCUCGUGGGGGCAUUGCUUUGCAUGGAGGUGGCACAAUCUCCUCAGCUAAAUCCCGAGCAAUCAGUCGACGAGAACACUGUCAUCGGCGGCCUGCAAAGCUUCCAUAACAACCCCAACUUCAUGGAAGACAAUUUAUGGGAGCCUCUUUGGACAUGAUUGAUGCUCGUAUGUAUAAAGUAACCAAUGGUUUCAUUAUGAUCC